CGUGAUUCGGAGAUCCAUAUUUUGUGCGUGGAGGUAACAACGAAAUUUGCGUAAUGGAAUGUGUUUGUUAAUGACUGUUGAGAUUUGGCAGAGAGUAAUUGGAGAGAAAGAAGGAAAUGUUAAUAUUUUUUAAAGAAGCAUUUUUGAAUAGUCAUGAAGAAGUCAAAAGCUCAGGUCCAGGGAACAAAUGAUUUUAAUACAAUCUCGAAAUGCUCAAUGGUAAAGUGUGGGUACUUUAGGGAUGACUAUGUAUCGUACUUUGUAACGAGAUGCAGUCGACGGACUCCAUUGAUUCAUCUUGGUUACUACAUGCGAGUCUUAACGGUUGACUACGCUCUUCGCUCCUUUCUUGAUUCAGUUUUGGGUCAGCCAGCUCAGAUCAUCUCCUGUGGCGCUGGAUUUGACACAAGUUUCUUCCGUUUAGCUACCAGCGGUUCUGUCCACCCAGAAAUCUACUUCUAUGAAGUUGACUUCACAGAAGUGGUUGAUAGAAAAGCAGAGUGCAUCCUGGACUCAAAGCCUCUUCUGGAUUGCAUUGGAUCUUUUGAAAUGAACCAGAAUGGUGUAAGAGGACUUGUUGGUUCGCAGUAUCACCUUAUUGCAAGUGAUUUGCAAGCCCUUGACAAGUUGGAGGCAAACCUGAUUCAGGCUGGGCUGAUGUUCUCUUUGCCUACUCUUCUGCUCUCUGAAUGUUCCAUCUGUUAUAUGGAUGAGGCUAGUUCUUCAUUGCUUAUACAGUGGGCAGCAUCCAAAUUUGAAGAUGCCACGUUUGUUACAUAUGAACAAAUAUAUCCAGAUGAUGGCUUUGGAAUUGUGAUGCAGAAACACUUUGAGAGCAUGAACAGUCCCCUGUUAUCCCUUGCACAGUUCCCUGACCUGGAGUCACAAGAACAUCGUUAUGUGUCCCGGGGAUGGAGUUCUUGUGGUGUGUGGACAGCAUUUGAAAUGUUCCAGCAAAUUGCAAGUCCUGAAGAAAGAUGGAAAAUUAUAAAUUUGGAACCUUUUGAUGAGCUGGAAGAAUGGCAUCUUGAAGGCUGUCAUUUUGGACUUAUGGUGGCUUCGAAAGGAAGCCUCACAGGCUGGUUCCUCAAGUUUGUAGACGUGCUUCCGCCAGUUGACAAAUGCAUAAAGAAACCUAGUAUUCAGUGGGAACUUGCAGAACCAUCAAGCGGGAAGAAUGUAUCUAGGUUUGCACAGAAGACUGUGAAGUUUCAAGAGAAGGAUGGUUUUAAUAUUCUCGUUGUUGGUGGUUUUGGUCCUUCGGCAAAGUCUCUGCAUGGCCGACGCCAUGAAGUCCUCAGUAUAAAUGACAGUAGGGAUCAGCAUACAGAUGUCUCCGUGACUGGCGGCAGGACCCUUAGAGUCGAAGACGUUGCACUGGAGUCUGCUGUAAACUUGGAUAUGCUACAUCACACCUGCACAUGUCUGUCCCUGCGGGGUCCAGACGACACCGCUAGGGUGAUGGUGUAUGGAGGCCGGUACUCGCCAUGCAGUCCAGUGAACGUGUGGCCCCGUAUUUUCUCUGUGUUGGCACAUGACGUGGGAACCCGCAUGACAGUAGCAGACAGACAUAUUGCUGUUACAGAAAGGCAGAAUGUGCCUGUGUCGCGCUGGAGACAUAGUGCAGUCUGUCUGAAGUCAUCAACACCUUCCGCUGUUCAAGACUAUGUCGUUGUGUUCGGAGGACGAACACCAGAUUUUAAGGUGUUAGGGGAUGUGGUUGUAUGGACAGUGCAAGCCUCGGACAUGACUGUCAGCUGCAAAGAAGUGCUAAAUCAGAAAGACUGGCCACGUGCAAGGUUUUCCCACAGUGCAUCAGUGUGGCGCAAGCAGACCAUGGUCGUGUCUGGUGGACUAGGUCAAGAUGUACUGCCACUCAGAGACAUCUGGUGUUUCAGUCUGGAAGGAGAGAUGUGGAGUGAAUUGCGUGUUGAUGGAAUGUUGCCACGAUACUCACAUACGUCAGCCGUCUGUGGGGACAAGAUGAUUCUUAUUGGGGGUGUUAACACUUUGCCUGGGAGUCAGCCUGGAGUGUGUGUUGUGGAUCUGAACACUGCCUCAUGCACUGAAUACGCCCUGCCUGUGCAGAACCCAGCUUGCCCCAUAAUGCUGCACAAUCAUACAAGUGAACUGACUGACAAUGAGACAGCGGUUCUGGUUGUCGGCGGAGGAGGUAACUGCUUCUCGUUUGGAACUGUUUUCAACAGUCGUAUGAUUAGGAUAGAUUUGCAGCAGUUCAAAUAACAGGCCACAGCAUGCAGAGCCAUUAGUAUGCAACAGCUUGAUAAACAUAAUCCCGUAGCAACGGCUAAGAGCGCAACAGUGGAGGUACUGCUGGAAAUGGUGUUUCCUACUCAGUCCAUGUAAAGGGUUAUAAAGAGGACAGUUGAAGCAAGAAUAGUUAAAUUUGAAUAGAGCUGCUGUUCAGAGAGGAUUUGAGCCUGGAAGCUGAAGAAUCUCCACAGUUAGAAGCUGAUAUGAGGCAACGGCUGCUGAAGACACAGCAGGCUGGAAAA